AUGGCUUCGUGGUCUGCUGCUAAGACCUUCAACAUUUCAUCCGUCAACGCCGCCGUCAUCAACCGCCGAGCUUCAUGGGCCGCCGGGAUCGGCGGUCUCUCAGUUGCCGGCACCGUUAUGUGGCGUUCCUCUUCGUCUAAGCGCUCUUUGCCCUUCCUUUGCUCAAGCCUUUCUACUGAUGCUCGGAUCAAGGAAGCUGUUCACACUGACAAGGCCCCAGCGGCAUUGGGACCAUAUUCUCAAGCAAUCAAAGCCAACAACCUUCUAUUUGUGUCGGGUGUUCUUGGUCUUGUUCCCGAGACGGGGAAGUUUGCCUCAGAUGAUGUUGAAGUUCAGACCGAGCAGAUUCUAAAAAAUAUGGGGGAGAUCUUAAAAUCUGGGGGUGCCAGCUACGAAUCAGUUGUUAAGACAACAAUUUUGUUGGCUGACUUGAAGGACUUCAAGAAAGUUAAUGACAUCUAUGCUAAAUACUUUCCUUCACCUGCCCCGGCUCGCGCGACGUAUCAGGUAGCUGCCUUGCCGAUGGAUGCCAAGAUUGAAAUAGAGUGUAUAGCAGCACUCUGA